AGGUUACACAACCAGGAAGCGAUUAUAUGAACGCAGGCGUGAUCGUUCUCUGUUUUAAAUGGGAAACUGUUAUGUGAGCAACCAUAGCACUUCUUCAUAAAAAAAAACUGGCGACGAACUGCAGCGGUCUGCAGAGGCGUUAAAUAAAAUAGUUUGUAGCAUCGUGGACUGACUCGUUCGCCAAGGUCAAGCAGCAACAGUGGAUGUGUGGAGCGGAGCCUUCAACACAUGUGUUAGUUACAAAACGCGGACAUUCAAAAGCUGACAGAUGGCUGGACUUAUAAACUUUGAAGAUGAAGCUGAGGUGAAGCAGUUUUUGGACAAUCUGGGAGUGGAGUACAGCUACCAGUGUUACAAAGAGAAAGAUCCUGAAGGGUGCCAGAGGCUCGCAGAUUACUUGGAAGGUCUGAAGAAAAACUAUGAAUCUACAGCACAAGUGCUCAAACACAACUGUGAGACGAAUGGAUAUGGAGAGAGCUGCUACAAACUGGGAGCGUACCAUGUCACGGGCAAAGGUGGAGUCACUGAGUGCCUUAAAACUGCCUACUCCUGCUUCAUGCGCUCCUGCAAUGCUGGUGGAAAGAAGUCCAUAGACGCCUGCCACAACGUUGGCCUGUUGGCCCAUGAUGGACACGUAACGGACGGAACACCUGACCUCCCGGCAGCUCAGCAAUACUAUGAAAAGGCCUGUGCGGGUGGCUUUGCUCCUUCAUGUUUUAACCUCAGUGCAUUGUACAUUGAGGGAAAUUCGAAAGGACUGGCACCAAAUAUGAAUCUGGCUCUGAAGUAUGCCAACAGGGCCUGUGAACUGGGACAUGUGUGGGGCUGUGCCAAUGCGAGUCGGAUGUACAAGCUCGGGCAUGGUACAGAGAAGGACGACAAGAAGGCGGAGGAGCUGAAGAAUCGAGCGAGGGAGCUGCACGGAUUAGAGAAGGAGAGGCAGCUUAAAUUUGGGGAGUGAUUGUGACACGCCUGAUUAAAUUAUCAUUGUUUUGUGUGGUGUGCAGUCAGAUUAGCUGAACAAACAAAACCUGUCCUCAGGGUUCAAAGGUGAGCGAUGAUGUGUCGUUAGUUUCGAUGUGUUGGCCUCAUUCACAGUCUACAGAUGGUAAAAUUCAGAGAGCAGUUUCCUUUGUAUUUGUGGAUUCAAGCCAAAUGUGUAUAAAAAAAAAAAUAAAAAGCAAUAAAAGAAUCUCAAUUCUUAUGCUCUGUUCA